AAGGAAGUGACGUAACCAUUCCGAAGACGCGGAAAGGCCAAGAUGGCGCCGAUUGGGCUGAAGGCGGUUGUCGGGGAGAAAAUUUUAUCUGGAGUGAUAAAGAAUUUGAAGAAAGACGGAGAAUGGAAGGUGUUACUCGUGGAUCAUCUGAGCAUGAGGAUCUUAUCUUCCUGCUGCAAGAUGUCAGACAUCAUGGCAGAAGGCAUAACCAUUGUUGAAGAUAUCAAUAAGCGACGGGAGCCUAUUCCAAGUUUGGAAGCCAUCUACUUAAUCACACCAUCAGAAAAGUCUGUGCGGGCCCUGAUUAAUGACUUCAAAGACACACCAACAUUUAUGUACAAAGCAGCCCACGUGUUCUUCACUGACACUUGCCCCAAUUCACUGUUUACUGAGCUUGGAAAAUCUCGAUGCACAAAAGUCAUCAAAACCCUCAAAGAAAUACAUGCAUCUUUUCUUCCUCUUGAGUCCCAGGUGUUCUCAUUGGAUUCAAUGGAUUCAUUCUAUCACCUCUUCAAUGAUCAUGCAGCAGACAGCAACAGUGCCUUGCUGGAGGAUAUGGCUGAACAGAUAGCAACAUUAUGUGAAACUCUAAAGGAAUAUCCAGCUGUUAGAUACAGAAAGGGCCCAAAACUUAACUCAGUAUUGGCAAAUCUGGUUCAUGAUAAACUGAAUGCAUACAAAGCUGAUAAUCCAAGCAUGGGAGAAGGUCCUGAAAAGUCACGUUCACAAUUGUUGAUCCUUGACCGGGGUUAUGACUGCGUGUCACCAAUACUGCAUGAGCUUACCCUCCAGGCAAUGGCCUAUGAUCUUCUGUCGAUUGAUCAAGAUAUUUACUCAUAUAAAACCACAGGAGUUGGAGAGUCACGAGUUAAAGAAACUCUUCUUGACGAGGACGAUGAGCUCUGGUUAAAGCUGCGCCAUAUGCACAUUGCUGAUGUCUCCAAGCAAGUGACAGAGUUAUUGAAGACAUUCUGUGAAAGCAAGAGGAUGACAACGGAUAAUGCAAAUCUGCGGGACCUUUCUCAAAUGCUGAAGAAAAUGCCGCAAUAUCAAAAGGAACUCAGCAAAUACUCAAUGCAUUUACACCUAGUUGAAGACUGUAUGAAGCACUUCAAAGGCACAGUGGAGAAGAUGUGCAAAGUGGAACAGGACCUUGCAAUGGGGACGGACUCGGAGGGAGAGAAAGUCAAAGAUCCAAUGAAGAUAAUUGUGCCGAUUUUACUUGAUAUAAACAUUAAAUCCUAUGACAAGAUCAGGAUUAUCCUUCUGUAUAUCUUCCUCAAAAAUGGGAUCACGGAGGAGAACAUCGCCAAACUUGUACAGCACGCAAACAUCCAGGAAGACAGCAGUAUCAUCCAUAAUAUUCAGAAGCUAGAUACUACCAUCAUAACUGAGACUGGAUCACCAUCAAAGUCAAAAGUGGAAAGAAAAGUAAGAACAGAGUCAACGUACCAGCUCUCCAGGUGGACACCAAUCAUUAAAGAUAUUAUGGAGGAUGCCACAGAGGAAAAGCUUUGCAAAAAGCAGUGGCCAUUUGUCUCAGACCCCACUCCAACAACUGCCACUCAGCCGGCAGUGAGCGCCCGCUUUGGUCAUUGGCAUAAGAGCAAGACUCCAACAGAGUACAGAACCGGACCCCGACUCAUUGUUUUUGUUAUCGGAGGCAUUGCCAUGUCAGAGAUGCGCUGUGCGUAUGAAGUUACAAAGGCCACCGACAACAAAUGGGAGGUGCUGAUCGGUUCCACUCACAUCCUCACUCCGGAAAAAUUCCUGAGCAGUCUGAAGGAUUUAGAUAAGCCUUUGGAGACCCAGAGCUGAAACAACUGUUGGAUAUUCCCGUCCCUUCAACAGCUCGUAGUUUUCUGACUUUAAUUAAACUUGCAGGAAAGUGGAAGUGACUCUAAGUCAACUGAUUAUGUGUUAAGCUCACAGAGAUAAAUGUAAUUAUUUAUUUAUCCUUCAACUGAAGUUUACAGUUGUAUCCUUAAUUGUCGCACGUGGUUACCGUCACUCCUAAUUCACUUGCUAUUUUGUGAACUUCCCAUCAGUUCUUCCUCUUUCACCCCCCACUUCCCAACAUUUCUCCGUUUCUGUGCCACUUGGAUUGCAAUUCAUUACAUGCUGCCAGUUCUCAAUCACCUUGUACAUACUCAUCUUGGAAUAAAGGUUGGUUUGUGUGUGUGUAUUUUUUCCAAUAACUGGCAGGUUAACCUUUAGGUUAUGGUAUUAUGCAAGUCAGCAAGCUCUUUAUUUUGUUGCCUAACAUGGCCAUGUGCUCUGUGUGAGUUUCAAGGAGUCCUGUAACUGUCCCGUGGCAAGGAGUGCAGAUGGGCCCUUGAUAUUUCCAUACUUGCCCAUGCUUGGCAUAACUGGCUCUUCCUCCCACUUAUCAUUCGCUCUGCCCUUCUGUUGGUUUCUGCUGUCAGAACCCCUUCCUCCAUCACCCCACCACAUACUUUUCACCAGCAGAUUAUUCCAAAGAACUGUGGCUCACCCUGAUAAGGAUGAAAAGAGGGUGAAAUUGACUCUAAGCAGUGGGAAGACCCAGAAGCUGCAUAGGGAGGAAUAAGGUGAACUACUAAUUUGUGAAGGGGUUCGAUUUGUAAGCUCAACCAAAGCUCAUAAGCAACUUGCUUUCUAGUUAGUUGUUUUAGUUCUGUUCCCAACGAGGUUAAAAAGCCUUUCUUAACGUAUACUGUAACUGCAGAGUGUGCCUUCGUACCAACAGGAAUCACUUUCUGAGAAUUUUUACUGCACUUUGCAUAACUUGUAAACUGGAAUUGGGGAUCAAAUCAUAAAAGAUUAUAUAUUUGUAUUGCAUUGCAUAAUAUUUUGCCGUGCCUCUUUUGCAUUUGUGUGAACAAGGGAUUAAUUUUGUAUAUUUAAUUAUUUACAUUCCAUAGGUUCAGGUGAAGUAUUUCUAUAUGCAUUUGAUCUCACCCUUAGAAUACCAACAGUAAAGCCAUCCCAUUGUUGCUUUUUAUAGGCAUUAGGCAUGUAUUAAUCUGUUUAACAUUUAUUAAACUAUAUAUAUUUAAUAAAACAAAUAAGGAAAAUCAAAUUUAGGACAUUUAUUUUAAGAUCAGUGAGGCAGACGUUAAAUUUGAACUUCACAAUUGCAAUAAACACAUUUAAUCUGAGACCAAAUAUAAAGUAUUGCAGAUUAUAUAUACACAUUUUAUAUUCAUAAAAUUUUCCAUUGCCAUUAAUCUUCCUUUAAAUUAACAUCCUGCAGGAUAAUCUCCGAUUGAUGACAGGUUGCCUAUGCUUUAUUUAGCAGACACGGUAUUUUGAUUGUCCUCUUCCUUUUGUACUGGUUCCUUCAUUAUCUUGGUCAUCGUAUACAAAUCUAUUGAGCGCACUUGAAGGAAGGAAGGGGUUAAUGUUCAUUUACUCUGAAUUAACCGAAUUUGAGCUUCUGGGUUUUUGUUUUGCAACCCUCACCUUCUUUGCCCCUAGCACCAACAAAGCUAAGUAGCUUAUGUCAAAUAAUGUCAUGAACCUACAUCUAUCACAGGAUAGCAACCUGCAUUACAGAUUUUGGCACACUGCACAGUGUUUCAUUGAUGUAAACUAAGAGAUGUUGAAUUGAUUUAUCUAAAUUAUUUAACCUCAUUUGUAUCCAAAGAUAUUUUCAUAGCAUUUAUCAUAAACACUUAAUACCUCAAAGAUAAAUUAUGAAUGAAGUUUUUAUUAGAAUGAGUAUUUCCUUAAGGGCAUAUUUUAAAUUUAUUUGAUAGUAAAUUUCACAGAAUUAUUUUCUUUAUCCCAGCCUAAAAGUUGAAUCCAUGUUUCUGAGCCUGCAGUUGUUUUAUGUUCAGUCCAGCUGUAUGUAGUGAGUGUAGUCUUAUUGUCGCCUGACCAGGACACAGCUCCAAGCUGCAACAAACUUGUUGCUGGAUUUCACAACUAAGGGAAUGUUGUUAUAUUUGCAGCACAAAGCUAGUUUGCAAAGGGCUUCCAAGAAUUCCUAGCUCUAUGGGGCAUUGAUAAGGUGAGGUCUCUGGUCAAGGUGGGGUCUACCUAAUAGCAUGUGUUCACUUUUGGAAGCUUUAUUGCACUAACUAAUCACAUUGCGGUUUCUCUGUAAAUAAGUUCAUUUGCUUAAUAUUGUAAAUGGGAUGUUUUUUCCCCAAGUUUGUAAAUUUGAUCUAAAGCUAUACAGAGUUUAAUUCAUUUGUCUGCAUUGAGAAUUUCUUUAAUGACAUGUAGAUAGUUUAGAUAGAUCCUCUGGGCUAUAGAUAACAUAGCAGUCUAGCAUUUGUCUAAACUAUUCCACAGGAUAGCUAGCAUGCUAAUUUUCAAGUUCUUGUCUUUAUCCACGUGUUCAUAAUUUGUGUCCAUCUUAAUUGCAAUGAAUGCUUGAACUCCCCUGACUCUACAGUUUUGAGAGGAGCAUUUAAAAGAAUGAUACUGGAUCGUUCAGAAUGCUCUGAAAUGCCUAAUCUGUUCUACAUUGAACCAAAAAUAUCUAUAGCACAGCUGGUUUCUACAUGGUCAACUUCUUAAAUGGUUCAAAGGCCAUCUGUCAAAUCUGUGACUGGCUAAAUGUGAUAAACAUUUUUUUGGUUUCUUUUGAGAAGAGUUUGGCUUCCAAUCUAAGAUCAGUAGCUGCAGACUACACAUACUUGUGGCUUUAUCUUUUUUUUAAGCCAUGCUACAUUAGUAUUGUGCUCCAAAUGGUGCCAUCAUUUAGAUGUUUUGUUCCCUUUCCUCACCUCCUCCAAAACUCUGUCACAUCACUUAGGCUUCAUUAGAUCUCCAGGUUUUUUCUGGUGCUGUACACAAUAUAAGUCUUCAUAUUGACCAGCUCUUGAACCCGGGCUUCCUUCAGCAAUCAGCUGGGGCUUCUCAUUUUUUGUGAAAAUGGAGGGAGGAUGUGGGAGGGGUUUGGUUGGCUGGGCAGGUGUUGCUAUAAUCACAAGUUCACCCCUGUCAUUUAAAACCCACAUACCUUAAAUAGGAAGUGGACUAAUUAAUUCCAUCCUCUGCCAGGUAAUAUGCUUGUAGACAAGCUCAGUGGAGUUGAUCACAGUGUGUACACGAUUUAUUUGGAUAGCAAAAGUGAUGUAAAUAUUUCAUCUUUAGUAGUAAUAGACAGAAUACCUUUUGUAUGUGCAUUUAAUAAUUACAGUCCUACUUGUGUGAUUUAUGUUCUGUGUGUGUAUAAUCUGCAAAAGAAGCAAUAAAUGUAUCAUUUUGUUAUUGA